AUGGCUGACAACAAGAAAAGUGUGCUAAUCGUUGGUGGUGGCGCCGUCGGUGCAAUCGCAGCCGUCAACCUCGAAGUCGGCGGUCUCGCAACAGUAACACUUGUACUACGAUCCAACUACAGCGUUGUCAAAGAAAACGGCUACACGAUCGAAAGCUGCGACCAUGGAAGUCUGAAAGAAUGGAGACCUAGCGUCGUUCGCAACACGAUCCCCAAUUUGUCUGAGGAGGGGAUUGAACCUUAUGAUUAUGUCCUCCUCUGCACAAAGAACAUCCCGGACAUCCCCCCGACAGCCGUCGACCUAAUUACGCCCGCCCUCCCCACGGGCAGCAACAGCCCCAAAACAACGUUAAUCCUGUUACAAAACGGUCUUAAUAUCGAAAAACCUUUCCUGCGUCCCCAUCCCAACAUUCCCAUUCUCAGUGGCAUAUCCAUGAUAGGCAGCGCCGAACCCUCACCAGGGAGGAUUGUGCAGGAUGAAGGGGAUAAACUGUUGAUUGGCGCGUUUCCGACGUCCAAUAUUAAUCCUGCUGUACCGGAACGACGAGCCGAGGAAUUCGUGCACAUGUACGGCGCGGGCGGGAAAACAAAAUGCCAGUAUUCGCCCAAUGUUUUGCACGACCGGUGGAAGAAACUCGUCUUCAACGCUUGUCUGAACCCGAUCUGCGCCAUCACGGGACUCGACGAUGGGAGACUAAGACUGGCGGACGGGGCACUGGAUGGCCUUGUCAGACCGGCUAUGAGGGAAAUUGUUGCUGCGGCGAAGGCAGUAUGUGGCGUUGAGUUGGACGGUGGGGUGGUGGAGGAGACGAUUCAUGUUGAUCCGUUGGAGAGUUGGUUGAAGCCGAGUAUGCAGCAGGAUUUGGAGAAGGGAAACUUUCUUGAGAUUGAGAAUUUGUUGGGGGAGCCGUUGAGGGCGGGGAAGGAUGCUGGGGUUAGUAUGCCGACGUUGGAGGUGCUGUAUCAGCUUGCGAAGGCGAUUCAGUGGAGGAUCAAGGAGAGUAGGGGGUUGGUUGAUGUGCCAGGGAAGAAGUAG